ACAAUAAAUACAUGUAUAUUGUAUGAUUUCCCUUGUGUCACAGAUGUGACAUGCUUUUUAAUGCUAAUGAACAUAUAGAUGGCUUUAAAAUGUCUGGUGGAAAACAGCUCAAAUUGAAAGUUAUGAGGCUGACUAAGCCUGGCCUGAUGGCUUUCCACCCUUUGAUUAGUGACAACAGGGAUCUGCCUGGUCAGCUGUUCUCUAAACUGAAUGAUACAGAUAUAGCCAAACCUAUUGGUCUUCCGUACUUUGGUCUUGAUGACCUUCUAACCUUGCCACAAAACUUUGGGAACAUUUUCCUUGGAGAGACAUUUUCUAGUUAUAUUAGUGUGCACAAUGAUAGUAUGCAUACAUGUAAAGAAAUAGUACUAAAAGUUGACCUACAGACCAGUUCACAAAGAUUGAUGUUAUCAGGUGCCAAUUCAGACCCUGUUGGUGAAUUGGGUCCAGACCACAGUAUAGAUGAUGUCAUACAUCAUGAAGUCAAAGAGCUUGGAACUCAUAUAUUGGUAUGUGCUGUUAGUUACACAACAAACACUGGUGACAAAAUGGCUUUCAGAAAGUUCUUCAAAUUCCAGGUGCUGAAACCAUUAGAUGUAAAAACAAAGUUUUAUAAUGCUGAGUCAGAUGAGGUGUUUUUAGAGGCUCAGAUUCAGAAUAUAACACCAAACCCAGUCUACAUGGAGCGUGUUACUUUAGACCCUUCUGCACAGUAUAAUGCCGAAGAACUCAACACAUUGGACGGAAAAGAAGUACCAGAUAUGGUGUUCGGUAAAGUAAAUUAUCUGAAUGCCAUGGACACCAGACAGUAUUUAUAUUGUCUGACACCCAAACCAGAAGUAAUCAAAGAACUGAAAGUGCUGAAAGGUGUGACAAAUAUCGGUAAAUUAGAUAUUGUGUGGAAAACUAAUAUGGGAGAGAGAGGAAGAUUACAGACUAGUCAGUUACAGAGAGUGGCUCCAGGCUAUGGUGAUAUAAGAGUUACAGUUGAAAAGGUUCCUGAUACAGUGUUGUUAGAAAAUACGUUUGAAGUUGUUUGUCGAAUAACCAAUUGCUGUGAGAGAACAAUGGAUUUGACAUUAGUACUGCAGAACAACCAGAGUACUGGAGUGGUGUGGGUUGGUAUAUCUGGAAGACAGCUGGGAAAGUUACCUCCCAAUGAAAAUAUGGAUCUAAAAUUAAAUGUCAUAGCAACCAUUCCAGGUCUACAGACAAUAUCAGGAUUGCGGUUAACAGAUAAUUUCCUGAAAAGGACUUAUGAACAUGAUGAACUAGCUCAAGUUUUCAUAUAUAAUGAUUCAAAUGUAUGAUAGAAUUAAAAAUGUGAUAUUUAGAAGGACCAACUAUAUUAAAAAUCGCUCGGAAUGAGCUGUCCAGUAUCCAUGUGAUUUUUUAAGGAACUUAAUGUUGUGAAGAUGUCUGUGAUCAUUGUUGUAAUUGAUUGGAAACUUUUACAUAGUGAAAUGAAAAUACAAAAAUGUACUGGAUGAUAUUUUCAGUCCUUUUUUGACAUUUGAUGGAGAGCUUCAGAAACAAGAUUUGAAUGAACAGGAAUUCCUGUUCAGUUAUCACUUUGUUGUAUUUUUUAUUCAGUACUUAUAAUAUAAUACUUAAGCCAAAGUGAAAAAUCAUUCAUAUAUCUUCACUUCCAUGAGGUUAUUUCUUACCAAAACUGAUUUCUUAUGAACACUUUUAUAUGCUCCAUAUUUAUAGAAGAUUUAACUUUCUUCAAGGUACCGUAUGUUGUUCAAAAAUUACAUAUUAGAUCUUCCCUUGUGUCAUCUAAUAUUGAAGUAUUUUCUGAGACCAGCAUCUUCAUAAAAAAAGUUUGUUAAAGGCUUUAUUAUAAGAUAUUAGUUACUAUUGUUAAGUAAAUCUAGAAAUACACUAUUGUUCUUAGUAGUAUCAUUAUCAUCAGUACACAUUGUUGUAAUAUUCAACACUGGGGGUCUUUUCACAAAACAUCUAAUGAUCGAAAUUGAUUGUAAGUUAUACUGAAAUGUUCAUGACUUACAAGUAUGUUUUCUUGUAAGAUUUUUUGUGAAAUGAGUCACAGGACAUUAAGCAACCAACACAGAAUCAUGUAUUAUACAAUUCAAUAUUGUUAUAUAAUAAUACAUGUAUUAUACCAUUCAAUAUUGUUAUAUAAUAAUACAUGUAUUAUACCAUUCAAUAUUGUUAUAUAAUAAUACAUGUAUUAUACCAUUCAAUAUUGUUAUAUAAUAAUACAUGUAUUAUACCAUUCAAUAUUGUUAUAUAAUAAUACAUGUAUUAUACAAUUCAAUAUUGUUAUAUAAUAAUACAUGUAUUAUACAAUUCAAUAUUGUUAUAUAAUAAUACAUGUAUUAUACCAUUCAGAUGUACUUCUACAUUUUUUAGACGCUAAAGAGAAAACAUGCUAUCCUAUUUUUCUGAAGGUAAAUAAAUUGAUUAUUUGAGAAAUGAAAUGGUUAUUUUUCGUUUACUUUUGACCUUUAAUGUGUUAAGUAAGGUAUGCAUAAUUUACUUUAGUUAGUUUUUAUUUUCUCAAAGAAGCAGAUUUAGUGCAAUAAACUUUUGUAUAAUUGUAUGAAUUAUUUAUGAAAAUUGUAAAUAAAUUGAUUGAAUUUUA